GCCAGCCCUGAUUUCCCCAGUGGAUGGGACACAGGAUCCCAUUUCAGUGCCUGCAGCAGAUCAGACACAGAUCCAGAGCAAUCCAAGACCUGCAGGAGGAGGCUGUGGCUGUUCCCAACAGGCACAUCCAGCUGGAGACACGAUGUCUCCAGCGCUUCCCAUCCUCUUCACCAUCCUGCUCCUCUCAGCCGGGGCCUCUGGAGCACCGAGUUAUGUGGUGGUGUCCCCGGCCGUGCUGUACCACCCUCACCCUGCCACGCUCUGGGUGCACCUCAGUGACCUCCAGGGGCCCGUCCAGGUCCAUGUCCAGCUGCAGGGGGACAGCAGGACACCUCCCACCACCCUGCUGACGAGAGAGGUUCUGGAGCCUCAUCUGCACCUGAAUGUCACCUUCCCUGCUCCAGCCCCUGCCAGAGGGAAGGAGGAAAUCGUGGCCCUGCACGUCUCAAUCCAAGGAGAUUCCUUGAAUGUCUCCGAGUCGAAGAAGGUGAUGCUGAGAGCUCUGAAGCCCGGGAUCUUCAUCCAGACAGACAAGGCUGUCUACAAGCCCGGGCAGGAAGUGAAGUUCCGAGUCGUCUCUUUGGAUAAAGACCUGACCCCCAGCAACCAGAAGCUGCCCCUGGUGUUCCUGAAGGAUCCCAGUGGGAACCGCAUUGCACAGUGGCGGGAGGUGACCCCUCGGCAGGGAAUCGUGGAUUUGUCCCUCCCGCUGGCCUCGGAGCCGGCCCUGGGCACCUACACCAUCAGCGUGGAGGGGAAGAGCCAUUCCUUCAGCGUGGAGGAAUAUGUGCUGCCCAAGUUUGAGGUGAUCAUUCAUCUCCCCAGCGUGCUGCGGCAGAAGGACGAGAAGUUCCCUGUGGAGAUUUGUGGGCGCUACACUUAUGGGAAGCCUGUCCAGGGGAAGGUCCAGGCUGACUUGUGCUUCAGCCAGAGUCUCUCACCUUACCAGAGGAGGAAGACCUGCACGCAGGUUACUGGGCAGACGGAGAAGAAUGGCUGCUUUUCCACAGAGGUUUCGCUGGCUGCCUUUGAGACCAUCUGGAAGUUGAGGGAGGAACUUGAAGUCAAGGCAUUGCUGGUGGAGGAUGGGACAGGGCUGGAGAUGAAGAGCACCAAGAGCUGCAAGGUUUUACCCGACACAGUCACGAUCAUCUUUGAGAAGACUGACCACGUCUACAAGCCCGGCCUCCCCUACACCGGGACGAUCCGGCUGCAGGAAGCCGAUGGCCCUGGGCUGCCCCAGAGGCAGGUCCUGCUCUCGGUCAGGAGCCGGGGGCAAGAGGAGAUACACAGCUUCCUUACAGACAGCUCAGGGAGAGCCUCCUUCCAGCUGGACGCCUCUGGCUGGAGUGGUAGAGUCUCCUUGCGGGCUCAAGUCAACAGGACAGCUGAGAGCAAGGAGGACUCAGCAGGCGGCUUCGGAAUUGCCUUUCUGACAGUCGUGCCCUACUUGUCGAAGAGCAGAAGCUUCCUGCACAUCCGUGACCCGGAGGGGGAGCUGCCCUGCGGCCAUUCCCAGCUGUUCCACGUGGAUUCCAUCUUUGGCAAGGAGGCUUUAGGCAGUGAGCUGAAGAGCCUGGAUCUGGUUUUCAUGGUCCUGGCCAAGGGUACCAUUACCAGCAUCUUCAGGAAAGAGGUCGCUGCAGAGCCUGGACAGAGAGUCUCCCUCACCCUGGAGCUGCCCAUUGGGCUGGAGCUGGCGCCCAUGGCCAGGCUUCUGGUCUAUGUGGUGCUGCCCAACGGCGAGAUGGUGGCUGACAGCACCGAGCUCUAUGUGGCCAAGUGCUUCCCCAACCAGGUGAAGAUGGCAUUUUCAGAGGCCAGGGCCCUGCCUGGGGCGGCACUGAGGCUGCAGCUGGGGGCUGCCCCAGGCUCCCUGUGUGCUGUCCGAGCCGUGGAUCGCAGUGUGCUGCUCCUGAAGCCCGAGGCUGAGCUCAACGCCGAGGCUAUCUACAAAGCACUGCCCGAAUUCAACUACCCCUACAGCAUCCAGGAUGGACCAACACCCUGUUACUUUUACUGGCGAGACACCAGGAUGGAAACCUACAAGUUAUUCCAGCUUGCAGCACUGAAGCUCUUCACCAAUGCCAAUACCAAGGAGGAUUGCCAGCCCAUGUUCUAUUCCCGCCUCGUUGGACUGGCAGGUCCUGCAGGAGCAGUGGCACAACCCAAUUAUGUGAGGGAAAGCAGCAUUAUCCCAGAACUUGCAGAAGUGUCCAACAAAGCUUUCCCCGUCGAGGGCGGGGAAGAGCCCCCAGCACCCCGGACGUAUUUCCCAGAGACGUGGCUGUGGGACCUGGUCCCUGUGGGGGAGGGUGGCUCUGCCGAGGUGACAGUGACAGUGCCCGACGCCAUCACGGAGUGGGAGGCCGGGAUGUUCUGCAUGGCCCCGCAGGGCCUGGGGCUGUCCCCUGCUGUCACCCUCACAGCCUUCCAGCCGUUCUUCGUGGAACUGGCACUGCCCUACGCCGUGGUGCGCCACGAGACCUUCACCCUCAGGGCCACCGUCUUCAACUACCUGCGCCAGUGCCUGAGGGUUCAGGUGACACUGGCAGAGUCGGCAGAGCUGGAGGUGUCACCAGGUGCAGAGGACACCUACAGGAGCUGUGUCUGUGCAGACGAAGCCAAGACCUUCCAGUGGGGCGUGCGAGCCACCAGUCUGGGGGAGGUGAACAUCACCGUGAGCACUGAGGCCCUCAGCUCCACCGAGCCCUGUGGCAAUGAGCUGCCCCUGGUGCCAGCCCAGGGCCGUGUGGACACUGUGAUAAAGCCCCUGCUGGUGCAGCCCGGGGGGAUCCUGGUGGAGAAGGCUCACAGCUCCCUGCUCUGCCAGGAAGGUGCUGAAGAAGUCUCCUUGGAGAUUCCUCCAAACAUCCUGGAGAGCUCCCAGAGAGCCCACGUCACCGUGAUGGGUGACAUCCUGGGCAAUGCCCUGCAGAACCUGGACAAUCUCCUGGCCAUGCCCUACGGCUGUGGGGAGCAGAACAUGGUUCGCUUUGCCCCCAACAUCUACAUCCAGCAGUACCUGGAGAAGACGGGGCAGCUGCUGCCGGACAUCCGUGCCAAGGCACAGGGGUUCCUGCAGAGCGGGUACCAGCGGGAGCUGCUGUACAAACACGACGAUGGCUCCUACAGUGCCUUUGGGAAGAGUGAUGGCAAGGGCAAUACCUGGCUCACGGCGUUUGUCCUCAAGUCUUUCGGGCAGGCCCGAGCCUACGUGGCCAUCGAGGAGCGGCACAUCACGGAUGCGCUGCGCUGGCUGCAGCAGCACCAGAGGAAGAGCGGCUGCUUCCGCAGCAUGGGCAAACUCUUCAACAACGCCCUGCAGGGUGGUGUCUCAGACGAGCUCUCACUCUCGGCGUAUGUGACAGCAGCGAUGCUGGAGCUGGGGCUGCCCACGCUGGAGCCGACGGUGAGCUCAGCCCUGAAGUGCCUGGAGGCUUCUCCCACGGACAACCCGUACACACAAGCCCUGCUCGCCUACGUGUUCGGGCUGGCGGGGCUGCGGGAGCAGCAGCAGGCGCAGCUGCAGCGCCUGGCCCAGCACAGCGUCAGCACAGAGGGGCAGCUCUACUGGCAGAGGAAGGAGAAGGCUGAGAAGCCCUCGGAGCUGUCCUGGGCUGAGGCUGCACCGGCCGAGGUGGAGAUGACAGCCUAUGUGCUGCUGGCCUACCUGUCCCAGCCCUCCGUGUCCCCUGCUGACCUGGGGACAGCGUCCCAGAUCGUCCGCUGGCUCUGCAAGCAGCAGAACCCCUAUGGGGGCUUUGCCUCCACUCAGGACACCGUGGUGGCCCUGCAAGCCCUGGCCAAAUACGCCUCCCUGACCUCUGGCAGCAACGGGGACCUCACGGUGACGGUGACAUCGCCCACGGGGACAGUACAGGACUUUGUGCUGGACAGCAGCAACCGGCUGGUGCUGCAGCGGGCAGCCCUGGCCGAGCUGCCGGGCACCUACAGGCUGCAAGCCCGUGGGCAGGGCUGUGCCCUGGCACAGGUGACCCUGCGCUAUAACGUGCCCCCCCCGCCCAGCACGGGCGCGUUUGAGCUGCGGGUGGAGACGGAGCCGCUGCCUGGCACACAGAACCCCCAGUUCCUGCUGCGGCUCUGGGCACGGUACACUGGGGAGCGUCCUGCCACCAACAUGGUUGUCAUCGAGGUCAAGCUGCCAUCGGGCUACAGCCCGGACAAGAAAUCUGUGGUGGAGCUGAAGAGGCAGAACCUGGUGAAGAAGGUGGAGGUGCAGCCCGAUCAGGUGACCAUUUACCUGGAGCAGCUGAGCAAGGAGGAGGAGACCUUUUCCUUCCGAGCCCAGCAGGACUUCCUGGUGAGCAACCUCCAGCCGGCCACCGUGUCCCUGUACGACUACUACGAGACAGGUGACCAUGUGGAUGUGGCCUACACUGCACCCCCCAGCUCAGAGGAGAAGGAAAACGUCUAACUCAGCCUGGAGCCUGACAGCCCAUCCCUGCUCCAGCUCCCGUGGCCACCAAGGACAGGGAUGACUGAGGUCUCCGCUCCCACCCUGGCCCUGGUCCCGACUCUCCACGGGGGCAGGAGGCGGCCCAGAGACCCUCCCAGCACCACUGGCCCCCAGCAGGGCCCCUCUGGAUGGAGCUACAGCUCCCCCCACCCCAGGAUCUGCAGGCGAGGGGCUCCUGCAGGCCCAAGGACACGCAUUUCUCCAGCCCUGCCACACGGUGGACUUGGCUGAGCAACCACUGUGGGAACUUCACAGGGACACCCCUGGGCCACCUCCUGCCACCCCUGCAGGGGGCUCUGGGGUGCCAGCUCUGGCCUCUCCCCUUUCCACAGCACCUGAAGGGGACCUAGAGCUCCUCCCUGCUGCCAAAGCCUCCCUGGCAGGUCCCUACCACCCCUCACCCCAGCCCCCUCCCCAGCACUGACAUAGCACCAGUGUCACCACGAGGGACUUGGGGACAAUCUGCAAUCCCAGCACAAACCAGUCAGGUGCCUCUUGGAGAGAAGCUAGGGCCUGGUGGACCCCAGCCCCUGCCCUGGGUCUAAAUAAAGCCAUAUAGUCAGGCA